UUCGUUGAGCGAAUCCACACUUUUGAGUAAAUCACCAUGAAGAUUCUUCUGGUAUUCGCGUUGUUGCUUGUCACGGCUUCGGCUUGUAAAUGCCCGAGAAUUCUUAAGCCGGUCUGCGGAUCGGAUGGAAAGAGUUACAACAACGAAUGUCUGCUGGACUGCAAAGCCAAAGAGGAUGAAGAUCUGAAGAAGGUUAGUAAUGGUAAAUGUCCGUGCAAAUGCACCAAAGAUUUGAAACCAGUUUGCGGAUCUGAUGGUAAAACUUACUCCAAUAAAUGCAUGAUGGAAUGCAAUGGUGAUGAUCUGAAAGUCGUCUCUGAAGGACGUUGCCAACCUAUGUGUCCUUGUCCGUUCAUCAUGAAACCAGUUUGCGGAUCUGAUGGAAAGAGUUAUGAUAACGAUUGCUUGUUGAACUGCAAAGCCACGAGCGACAAAGAUCUGAAGAAGGUGAGCGAUGGUAAAUGUCCGUGCAAAUGCACCAAAGACUUGAAACCAGUUUGCGGAUCCGAUGGACAAACUUACUCCAAUAAAUGCAUGAUGGAAUGCAACGGUAAAGAUCUUAAAGUCUCAUCUGAAGGACCUUGUACACCAGCAUGCGCCUGCCCAUUGAUCCUUCGUCCAGUCUGUGGAUCUGAUGGAAAGAGUUAUGAUAAUGAUUGCUUGUUGAGCUGCAAAGCCAAAAGCGACAAAGAUCUGAAGAAGGUGAGCGAUGGUAAAUGUCCGUGCAAAUGCACCAAAGAUUUGAAACCAGUUUGUGGAUCUGAUGGACAAACUUAUCCCAACAAAUGCAUGAUGGAAUGCAACAGUGCAGAUCUUAAAGUCUCCUCUGAAGGACCUUGUACACCAGUAUGCGCCUGCCCAUUUAUCCUUCGUCCAGUCUGCGGAUCUGAUGGAAAAACCUACGACAACGAAUGCAUCCUCAAAUGCGAUCAAAAGAAGAAACCAUCGCUGACGAAGGUUUCCGAUGGUGAAUGCUCUUUCGAUAUCUGCAUAUGUCUCUUCAUUUCGAAACCGAUUUGCGGAUCGGAUGGAAAAACCUACGAUAACGAUUGUCUCCUGAGAUGUGCGCAAAUGAAGAAUUCGUCGCUGAAGAAGGUUUCUGAUGGUCAAUGCAAGUCUAAUCUUUGCGCUUGUCCCGACGUACUGAAACCGGUCUGCGGAAGCGAUGGAGUUACCUAUGCCAACGAAUGCGAGUUGAAGUGCAAGAGCAAGGAAGACGAAGAUCUGAAGGUAGCUUCUCAAGGAGAGUGUGACAAUUGCGUUUGCACCAUGCAAUAUGCUCCAGUUUGCGGUUCAGAUGGAGUCACUUAUGGUAACAAAUGUUCUUUUGAUUGUGCAGCGAAGACCAAGAAGAUCACGCUUGAAUCUGAGAGCGCUUGCUGAAGACAUGCGAAUUCCAAGAAAUGUAUACAAAAAUAUUUCAAAUAAAUCAUGAAAAAAUAUAAAA